UGCAGUCCUUUUUUAACUAUGAUCAGAACAACAAAAGAAGAUUUUGCGCAAGUGAUUCCAUCAGUAUCCAAAAUUAUAACUUGUCAUCAUAAAACGAUGAAGCGCUUUGAUAGCAUUCUAGAGGAUGCAGAUCUUAUUGAUUAUCAGGUUGAUCAAACCCGAUGUCGCUCUUUAAAUUCACUAGCCACCGGAACUAAAGGUGCUGCUGAACAACAGAGUGACACUAGUACUAUUUCCAUUAGUAUGCCGCCAACUCCUUCAUCGAAAGGAGUUGGCUUCAAUGAGAUUUAUUCUCAGACAUCAACGCCUCGAGGUAUUACCACCACACAGAAUAAUAAACGAAUAUCGUCUUAUUCUCAGACAUCAACACCUAGAAGUACCGUGUUUCCAGAGUCUCCGAAACUUCCCAGAAGUAAUACUAAUAAGCUAAAGGAUACAAGGUUUGAUUCUUUUAAAACAUGGUCUGGUAGACUGGAGAGACAAUUAUCAGCUUUGCGAGGAAAGGAACAAGAGCCUAUUUCUCAACCAAGUCCUCACAUAGAAACUAUUCCUGUUGAUCGAUAUUUUGAUGCCUUGGAAGGACCUGAAUUGGACACCUUAAGGGCUUCUGAGGAAAUCAUUCUUCCAGAAGACAGAAAAUGGCCAUUUCUUCUUCGUUUCCCUAUUUCAUCCUUCGGUAUCUGUCUAGGUGUUAGUAGUCAAGCUAUAAUGUGGAAGAACCUAGCCACUUCUGCUUCCACAAAUUUCUUGCACGUAAGCUUGAAAGCAAAUCUUUGCCUGUGGUGCAUAUCUGCUGCACUUGUGAUCAUUAUCUCUUUCGUCUACGCCCUGAAAUUCAUUUUCUACUUUGAAGCUGUUCGUCGAGAGUACUACCACCCUAUACGUGUCAACUUCUUUUUUGCUCCCUUUAUAUCACUUCUGUUCUUAGCACUCGGAGUUCCAUCAUCGAUCACUCAAAAUUUGCAUACAUCUUUAUGGUACAUUCUUAUGUUACCAAUCUUUUGUCUAGAGCUAAAACUCUAUGGACAAUGGAUGUCUGGAGGACAACGAAGACUCUCAAAGGUAGCGAAUCCCUCAAAUCAUCUGUCGAUUGUUGGGAAUUUCGUUGGUGCAUUGCUUGGUGCAUCUAUGGGACUAAAAGAAGGGCCAAUAUUCUUCUUUGCUGUUGGAUUGGCUCAUUACAUAGUCAUGUUUGUAACUCUCUAUCAGAGACUUCCAACAAAUGAUACACUGCCAAAGGAACUUCACCCUGUCUUCUUUCUGUUUGUUGCUGCACCUAGUGUUGCUUCUAUGGCAUGGACAACGAUCCAAGGGUCGUUUGAUCAUGGAUCUCGGAUUGCUUAUUUCAUCGCCUUGUUCCUCUAUUUUUCAUUGGCUGUUCGCAUUAACUUCUUCCGAGGCUUCAAGUUUUCAUUGGCUUGGUGGGCAUACACAUUCCCUAUGACAGGAGCUGCUAUUGCAACCAUCAAGUACUCACUUGUAGUUACCAACCUGGUGACAAAGUGCCUAGCUAUCAUACUCUGUGCUCUUUCUACACUCACUGUAACAGGAUUGCUUGUGACAACAAUCAUUCAUGCUUUUGUUUUGAGAGACCUAUUUCCAAAUGACAUUGCCAUUGCGAUCAGCAAACGACCAAAAACAACUCGGAAAUGGUAUCUUGGUAGCUCACAUAGCAAAGAUAUUGAUCAAUACCUUAAGUUUGUAGAAGCUAAAGAUAUUGAGGCUUCAAUCACACAUCCAAACUCAAGUAACUAGAAAUUGUUUAUAGCAUCUCUUCUAAAACUUUUAAGUCUUAAUCA